AUGACCAUUACAACUUUUCAGAAGGUUACCCUAAUUUCAUGCUCUGUUCUUUGUGUGUCUCUCUUCCUCCCCAGGAUUCUUUUACCUAGAGCGAAAAAUGAGAGGGGGCAGUCUGAGGUUGGACCUGGGUUUUACCCUUCAAGGCGGCACCAAUUAUCAGUUUCUGAUGACCCAGAGCUGUGGGAACUGGAUCCUUCUCGCUCCCUCACACACAGUCUUGAAGCCAUGGCUAAAGUGAAAAGCAUUGGGCGGGGCAAGAAAUACAACCUAAUGGCUCAAGUCAUACCCAUAUAUGGUUUUGGGAUUCUGCUUUACAUCUUUUAUAUAAUGUAUAAGCUAACCUGUAAGGGAAGGAUCAAUAAAUCUCAAAACUAUUCUACAGAGAGGACAAUAAACAAGUCAAAUACAAAUGCCACUGAACAUGAACUUGCUAGGCUUCAGGAGAAACUUUUGCAAACAGAGAUGAUGUUAGAGAGAAUUGUCUCAGGCAGAACUCAUCAUUCUUCAAGUGGCAGAAGGCGGAAGAGUAAAACUUCAGUAUCAAAGAAGGAGGAAAAACUCCUGAGGCAACUGCGACAAAUCACACUACUGAUCGAAGAGGGUCGCCUUGAGGGAGUCUCUCCUGAGAUGGAGGCAGAGGAGGUCCCCUACAGUGCAGAUUGGGAAGGGUAUCCCGAGGAGACUUUCCCAGUGUAUGUUGACCCUUGUGAUAGACAUAAGUAUGAGACCAUCAAGCUGGAGGAUUACCCCUGCCAGCCCACUGCUGAAGCCCUUGCAGAGAGCAUGGUGCAGGAAGAUGAAGAGAUCCUGGCCAGGAAACUCUCCAUUGUGCAUGAAGAAGAUGAGGAGGAACCAGAAAAUGAAGAUAAAAAACAUAAUUUACAUAAAGAAGAGGAGGAUGAUGAAGAAACUGAGGAAUUAGAGGAAGAAGUGGAGAUAACAGAAGAAGACAACAAGCAUGAAUAUGUGCAGGAGGAGGAUGAGGAACAAGAGGAAGCUGAGAAAAAACGAUUGCUCGGUCCUGCUACUUCUGUCUUUGGGAGAAAGCAGGAAAAAAUUGGUUUUGAGGUGAUGAAAGAGCUGAACCUCAACAGUAGAGGAAAGAAGCAAAUAACCUUCAGCAACAAGAAACAUGUGUUCCACUACCCCAAAGAGGAUACCUACGAGGAAUACGAAACAGAAGAUGGGAUGGAGCAGGAGGAUGAGGAGGGGACAGACGCAGAAGAGGAAACUGAUGAUGAUGAUGAUGAUGAUCCUCUGAUGGAGGCAGAAAGUUUGCAGUUUAGUUGCGAAGGCUCUUCAAAUUUAGAAGAACAAGCUGAGGAAGUCAACGAAGAGUAUUUGCUUACUUUAUCACUAGUGAAAGAUGAAGCUAAGAUACAUGCCGACGGCUCCAAAGAUGUUGGACGGAAUGGCCUGAGGAUGCGAAACCGAAGAGAAAGAUAA